UCACAACUUUGGUCAACUUUUGUAAUUUCAUGUAAUUUUUGGAUUAUCAAAAAAAAAAAAAAAAAAAUCCGUAAACUGGAACCAUAUCUGUAACAAGAAAAAGCAGAAGAAAAAAAAGUGAAACCAAAAAUGUGCCGAGAGAUGUAAAGUGGAUGUUUUUCGUGGCAUUCUGUUGCAAAAAGAAAGGACAAUUUUUACCCCAGAAAAAUAUAUGCACUUAGGUCCUUUAGAUGACAGAUUUCAACAUGGAUUUAAUGACAGAUCUUCAAACUCAAAGCUUACAAACAUUCUGUUUAAAAUGCAUUGCUUCUAAUUUUGAUAGGUUCUUUACUUUAUUUUAUUCAUCUUCAAAUGAAAGAUUUCGAAAUAUAUAUAUACUUUUACAAAAAGUUUAUGGUGUUCAUCUCCUAAAAAUGGUUUCAGAGGAAUUUAAUCUGAGGGAUGAAUAUUUAAAAUUUCUAGUCAACAAGUACAGUCACAAGCUAAACCUCAUAUACCUCUUUAAUUGUGAUUCUUCUGCCAUUGAAGAAAGACUGCAAGAAAUUGGAAGUAUUGUAAAAUCAUUUGAAAUGCCUGGAAUCAAAAAAUUUAACUGUGAUCACUUCCUGAAGUAUUUGUCAAAAGUUCAAGUUUUGCAACUAGCUAAUACAAUUUUUUCUGACAACUCUAUGGCAAUAAUUGCUAAAAACUGUCCUGAAUUAAAGAGCUUAGAUGUGUAUCAAUGCAGCAGAGUUAGUGACAAAGGAUUAGAAAUUUUGUGUGAAGCUCCACCACCUCUUGAAAAUCUAAAUGUUGAACACACAUCAGUAACAUACAGGGGAGUUGCAUUGGUUUUGAAGAAAAUUCCAUCUUUAACAAAAUUGUUUUUUGAUAAUGUUCCGAGAGCAAUAUUUGAAGCUACUGGUUUAAAUGAAACUUCUGGAAUUAGCAAUUAUAUAGUGCUUAAUUUAAAUAAUUUAGUUAUUUUGAAUAAUCCAAUGCGACCUGAAAACCAUUUAACUACAAUUUUAAAUGUGUGUACAGUUUCUUGUCCUUAUGUUCAAAAUCUAAUCGUAAGUGAAAUAAUAACUGAAGAACAAUUAGAUUUGAUAUCAACUUUUGAAAAUUUGGUUAUUGUUAGCCUACAAUGCAGCACAAUAGUGAAUCCUAAGUUAUGCAUUAAUAAUUUUCUUGAAAUUAGAGGUAGUAAACUGACUAGUUUAUCUCUAACCUCAUUUUCACUGUCAGUAAAAUUAUUGGCAAGCUGUUGUCCUAAUUUGGAAAGCCUUGGUCUGCAGUAUCCAUCUUUUGAGGAUACAGAUGACAUAUGUUCAAGCAGUACAGAUUUAGGUUUUUCUCGUUUGAGAAUAUUCAAUCUACAAAAUGCUUCUUUGGAAAUGAAUGAAAGUCAAAUUUCAUUCAUUAUCUCAUCAAGUCCUAAUCUUGAAGAACUUCAUAUGGUUUAUUGUUUCUUUUCAGAAGAAAUGAAAGAGAUUAUAUUACAGUAUCCUAAAAAAUUAACCUUGCUGAAUUUAAAUAAUACAAUUGUGAGUGCAGAUUUUGUUGAAGAAAUCAUACGUGUUCAUAAUGAUUUAGAAAGGCUGGAACUCAGAAAUUCAGGUAUUUCUUCUACAGAAUAUGAUGACCUUAUGGAUAUGGUUGAUGAAAUGGAGAAAAAGGUCAAUAUAUCUUGGGCAGAUUAUACAGAAGCUAUCAGGGAACUGUAUCAUUUAGAUGAUUCAGUUUUCAAUACUAUGCAAAAAAGAUAUAUUUUGAAGUUAUAAUUAAAGGUUUCCUGUUUUUCAUAUGUUAUAAAUGUAUUUUCUGAUAUUGACAAAUAAAAUAAUUUUUUUUUU